CGAAGAAGCCACUGGCAAAAUAAAGUCAAACGGCUGCGGAACUGCGUUGUUGAAUUUUGUUCCACACAUCGUGGGCAUUGCAAAGGUUUUAAUUGUUGGAAAUUACUUGUGAAGGUCUAGAUACAAAAAACUACGAGGAACAUCGAGUGCGAACGUGCUGAGAGCGGCGAAGCCAAAUCCAUUAAAAAUGGCUGAAGAGUAUAUUCCAGAUGUCAGCGUCAUGGACACAAUUGUGCCCGCCAUCCUGGGACUGACCGCGGCUGCUGUCCUCUCGUCGGUGGCCUGCAUCUGCGCCCGGCAGAUGCGCCUCCGGAACAAGAAGCAGAGCCAGCACGACGCCUCGUUUCCCUUCCAGCCGACCCGGCGACCGACCGCCGUUCGAUCGCCCAGCGGCCAGCCGCCGCACUAUCUGAAGAAGUCGCCCUCGCCGACGGGCGGCAAGCAGAUGGGUCUUCUGUCGCCAAUGCAGGAUCAGUCCACCUCCCCGAUCGCCCAGCCGAAUGUGAAGUACAGCGAGGAGGACGACGGACCGCCACAGCAUGCGGAGCAGCAGAACGGCAACCAACUGACCGUGGUGGAUGGAAACGGAUUGAAGCACUCGCUGCACAACAGCCUCCACCACUCACCGGUGGAGACGAUCGCUAACGGAAGUGUGACCAUUACCCUGGACGACCAUGCGCUGACCAACGGAAAGGAGCUCUCCGUGACCGACCAGUACGGAAAGCUGGGCACCAUCUAUUUCAAGCUGCGCUACUUGGCCGAAAGGAACGCCCUGAUGGUCUCCAUCAUCCGUUGUCGCGGACUGCCCUGCAAGGGAGGAUCCGGAGGAACCGGAGACAUCCCCACCGGCAUGAACGGACGCACCCAGGCGGCCACUGACCCCUAUGUCAAGCUGCAACUGCUGCCCGACAAGCAGCACAAGGUCAAGACCCGCGUGGUGCGAAAUACCCGGAACCCAGUUUACGACGAGGACUUCACCUUCUACGGCCUGAACAUGAACGACCUGCAGAACAUGUCGCUGCACUUUGUCAUCCUCAGCUUCGAUCGGUAUUCGCGCGACGAUGUUAUUGGCGAGGUGGUGUGCCCAUUGACCUCCAUCGAGAUCGGGGACAUUUCCAAGGAGGCCUUGUCCAUCAGCAAGGAGAUUCAGCCACGCAGUCUGAAGAUUCGAGCCCAGGGUCGCGGCGAACUGCUGAUCUCGCUCUGCUGGCAACCGGCUGCCGGACGUCUCACUGUAGUCCUCCUUAAGGCCCGAAAUUUGCCCCGCAUGGAUGUCACCGGUCUGGCCGAUCCGUAUGUCAAGAUCUAUCUCCUCUAUAAUGGCCAACGCAUCGCCAAGAAGAAGACGCACGUGAAGAAGCGCACUUUGAGCCCCGUUUUUAACGAGAGCUUCGCCUUCGAUAUUCCCGCCGCCGAGGGCACUGGCGCCAGUCUUGAGGGUGUGUCUUUGGAGCUGAUGCUGCUCGACUGGGAUCGCGUGACCAAGAAUGAGGUCAUCGGUCGUUUGGAGCUGGGUGGACCGAACUCGAGCAGCACCGCAUUGAACCACUGGAACGAGGUGUGCAACUCGCCCCGCCGCCAGAUCGCCGAGUGGCACAAGCUGAAUGAGUAGGGGAGGGGAUGUUACCACCUGGGCGCAGGCGCCCCUUUACAAGGAGGAGGAGGGAAGAAGCAGGAACCCGGCAUCUAAAAACGGGAGUCAUACGGUUCAUCAGCAUGAGCUCGUUGCCACUUUGAGUUUUUGUCUCGUCUAGCAUAUAAUUUUAUAUUUUUAAACCAGUUUUCUACAAUUUGAUUAUAUUAAAUCUAAUUUCUUCAAGGUCACUUGUGAUCUGUACGUUUAGUUGCUUUCAAAUUUUGAAGCACCAUCUAAGCGGAUUAAAUGGCGCUUUACGCCAGAAGCAAGAAAAAUAUUUACCAAAACUAACUAAAUUAAAUGUAUUAGAAAAUGUUUAGGACCUUGAAAAUGCAUGUAAGUGUAAGAUAAUUCAGAAACAUCUUAGUAUAAAGAUGUUUAAAGAUCUGAAAAUGGAACGAAAAAGAAAAAAUAUACCUACAUAUUUUUAAUCGACAUCAUUUUUGUUGCUGUACAAUACUUUACUUCUACGCUUUAUGUAACUUACAUUCAUAUAUGAUUUUCAUAUCAAAUAAUGAAGUCCCUUUUAAUGUGCCCACCAUAAGAAAAAAUCAAGUUGAUUUCCAAAAAGAGAUACAUUAUUAACCAUACAUAUGUAUAAAAUAUUUAUGAUGAUAUCUAACUCUUAAGCAUAAUGUCUGUGUACAAUAUGAUUUGUAUUGUUUAGAACUUUUUUGUUUAAAUGUAAAGUAUUAAAAUAUACCAUGGAUUCAAUGGAUACCAAACACCAAAGCUACAUACUCCGAAAGCUCUUGAAGUGUGUCCAGAUGGAAGCGAAAAAUAAUGCUUACUGCUUAACACUUUAUACGUACUCUUAAAAAUAAAAAUAACUAAAACUACAAAUAAAACUAAACCAAAUUGAAUCUAGAAAGAACACGCAGCAGAAUGCUUAGCACCAAGAAGCUACAAAACCACACACAAAUCGAUCGAAAAAGUCAGAAAAACAUUGAUUCGGAGAAGAAACCAAACACAAUACAAUAAUGUAAGCAGCAUAGUACAUGUAGGAAUCAAUUACCAAUAAAAUACUUUAGAGUAUAACCACUCA